GCCAAGAUGCGGAGUACGGGUGAACCACGGCAGAGAUGGGAGGAGCUCGUUACGAGGCUAAUGCAGCGCACAUGCAUCACGUACGUGCGGGUACAGCAUGAUGUGCUCUCUAAAUGGAGUAAGAACAUAGACUAUAAGACCAGCCUCUCGUUCAACUUCAAAUCUUCGCCCACACCCUCACGAGAACUCUAACCGGCUGCACGAUGAAGUCAUCUCAUCUUCUUGCCCUGAGCAUAGCCCUAUUCUCGAGAUCAUCACUAUCUCAAGGCUAUACCAACGAGUCAGAGGUACCACUGUAUGGCCAGAGUCCGCCUAUCUAUCCUAGCCCAAGCAGUAGCGGCUCAAGCUCAUCGGCAUGGGCAGAGGCAUACGCGCGAGCGAAACAAUUAGUCGCUGAACUGACGCUCGAAGAGAAGUCGAACCUAACUCAUGGAGUCACCGGCCCCUGUGUCGGACAGACCGGCGCUGUCCCACGUCUCGAGAUUCCCGAAUUAUGUUUUGCAGACGCCCCAGCCGGUGUACGUGGCCAGGAGUUCGUUUCAUCAUUUCCAUCUGGUAUUCAUCUUGGAGCAACUUUUGACCGAGACCUUAUGCUGAGGUAUGGCCACGCCCUGGGGCGUGAGUACCGCGGGAAAGGUAUACACGUAGCGCUCGGCCCAUUUAUUGGCCCAAUAGGACGAGUUGCACGAGGUGGACGAAAUUGGGAGGGCCUGGGGGCAGAUCCGGUCCUUGCAGGAGUCGGUGGUGGGCUGAUUACGCGGGGCAUACAAGCGGAGGGUGUCAUCGCGACCCCGAAGCAUUGGCUGCAUCAAGAACAAGAGUACAGGCGCGUGCCUACAUCAGAAGGCGAAGCGGUGUCCUCCAAUGUGGAUGAUCGAACAACACAUGAGUUGUACGCUUGGCCUUUCAUGGAUUCGCUAAGGGAAGGUGCCGCAUCCCUCAUGUGCUCGUAUCAACGCACCAACAACAGUUAUGGUUGUCAGAACAGCAAAUUGCUCAAUGGCAUUCUUAAAACCGAACUCGGUUUUGAGGGAUUCGUCGUAUCAGACUGGGAUGCACAGCACUCUGGGGUAGGAUCUGCUAACGCUGGCCUUGAUGUCGUCAUGCCAAAUGCAAAGUUUUGGGGCAACAAUCUUACAGAGGCAGUUACCAAUGGUUCAGUGUCAUCCGAAAGACUCGACGAUAUGAACGCGCGGUUACUCGCGGCCUACUUUUACGUCAACCAGGAUGAAGGCUUCCCUGAGAACGCAGUGUAUCCAUACAAUGUUAUCCACCCGAUUGUGGACGUACGCGAAGAUCAUGCGUCUCUAAUCAGAGAGAUUGGAGCUGCUGGCACCGUUCUGGUUAAGAACGUCAACAACACAUUGCCGCUCCAAAACCCUCGAUUCCUGAACAUCUAUGGCUAUGAUGCUGAGGUCAAGGCCCAGCCAUGGAAUAACCCUGCUCGUUUUGGUGGCGGGUAUGAGGAGAACUUCGGCUGGUCAAUCCUCAAUGGCACAUUGAUUACAGCAGGCGGUUCCGGUUCGAGCACUCCGCCAUACGUGAUCAGCCCAUUCAAAGCGAUCCAGGAUCGCAUCAUCGCAGAUCGCGGCACCCUUCGUUGGGACUUUUUUGGUGUCAACCCAACUGUAUACGCCAACGCAGAUGCGUGCCUUGUGUUCAUUAACGCCUACGCCUCUGAAAGUUUCGAUCGCACAAGCCUCGCGGACGGUUUCAGUGAUCAGCUUGUUAACAACGUAGCGAAGAAUUGCAGCAACACGAUCGUUGUGUUGCACAGCGCUGGUAUCCGCGUCGUCGAUUCUUGGAUUGAGCACCCAAAUGUCACUGCAGUUAUCUUUGCAGGUGUCCCCGGACAGGAAAGUGGGAACGCGCUUGUCGAUGUCUUGUACGGUGACGUGAACCCGUCUGGUCGCCUGCCCUACACAGUCGCACGCAAUGAGUCAGACUAUGGCCACCUUCUCAACUCUACUAUCGACCUAACCCACCCUGCCUUCUUGCAAAGCAACUUCACCGAGGGUUUAUAUAUCGACUACCGCGCAUUCGAUCAACAGAACAUCACGCCAAGAUACGAGUUUGGUUACGGUCUCUCAUAUACUACCUUCGAGCACGCUGAUCUGAGCAUUGAGAGCAUAGCGGAUGCAUCUCUUACCAGCUUCCCGUCGGAAUCUGUUCCAGUCGUGCAAGGCGGGCAUCCUGAGCUCUGGCAGGUACUUUACCGGGCGCACAUCAACAUCACCAAUACCGGCGAAGUAGCAGGACACGAGGUUGUACAAUUGUACCUAGGUAUUCCAAACGCACCUGAGCGACAACUGCGAGGUUUCGAGCGUGUGGGCAUAUUGCAGCCUGGUGAGAGUCGAGAAGUCGUGAUUGCGCUGGACAGGCGUGAUCUGAGCGUAUGGAGCGUGGAAGCGCAGAAAUGGGAGCUUCAAAAAGGAACUUACAAAGUGUGGGUAGGCGCUAGCAGCAGGGACUUGAGAGCUGAGGGCGAGAUUGUUGUAUCGUAGCCAAAGCCAUAUCAUAGCCAAAGUUAUAUCCAAAGUCAUAAAGUGUAGGAAAUGCUCUACCAGCUUGUUUCAGACAAGACCCCGUUAGACAUCCUUUUGUGCUUAGCAAUUUGUGGGAAACAUUGAAUCAGCGAUUGGCUGGUAGUAAAGAUGUUAGG